UUGAGCGCAGUCCUGCUGGAGCCAGACACUCACCGGACCGGACCCGACCGGACUGGGCCGGUACUUCCUUCGGUUCCGAACAUGUCGCGCGUGCUGAUAGUUGGAGCGGGCCUGACGGGCAGCUUGUGCGCAUGUCUGCUGAGGAGAGAGCUGCAGAGCCAGGUUCACAUUGUUGUCUGGGACAAAGCAAAGGGCUCAGGCGGCAGGAUGUCCACCAGUCGUCCUCCUCAUGCCUCGUCUCACUCAGCUGACCUGGGAGCCCAGUACGUCACAGCCACACCUGCCUACGCUCAGUCCCACCACAGUUUCUACUCAGAGCUGCUGUCUGCCGGCGUGCUGCAGCCGCUCCACUGUCACAUCGAGGGUCUGCAGCAGAAACAUGGACAGGAGAACUAUGUGACCCCGCGUGGAAUGAGCAGCGUCGUCAAACACUUCCUGUCCGAGUCAGGAGCUGAUUUGUUCUUCGAGCGUCAUGUGACAGGCCUGUACCGCCAUGGUGCAUCAUGGGAGGUAGAGAGAAAGGCAGGAGGCAGUGAGACAUUUGACGCCGUCAUCCUGACGAUGCCGGUGCCGCAGAUUCUGCAGCUGCAGGGAGACCUGGAGACCUUGAUAUCGGACCAGCAAAGACAGCAGUUGGACUGUGUCCGGUACUCGUCCCGGUUUGCUCUUGGCCUCUUCUUCUCUCCGGAGGUGGUCUUUGGUUUCAGCUGGGGGGCAAAGUACUUCAUGGACAGUCCCUGCAUCCGCUACAUUGCUGUGGAGAGUAGGAAGCGCAGCGCAGACAUUUCAGGUCUUGCCCAGUCCCUCGUGGUCCACACUAGUGUCUCAUUUGGCCUAGAACACCUGGAGUGGGACAAGGAAGAUGUCCAGCCAAUCAUCUUACAGGAGUUGCACAGGCUCCUCCCCCACCUGCCUCAGCCAAUCAGCAUCAAGUGUCAGAAGUGGAGGUACUCCCAGGUGCUGACAACAGUUCCUAACAGUCCAGGUCACAUGACCCUCCUGCAGGCGCCGUCACUCAUCUGUGGCGGCGACGCAUUUAGCCACUCCCACUUCGAUGGCUGCGUGGACUCUGCCCUCAGCGUGAUCAGAGCCCUGAAGGCCUCGCUCCGAGUGUAGAGUCAAAGUGCACACGUCCUGUUACGGGCUGGUUGUUGACUUGUUUCU